CCGUUGACCGCGCUCGGUGAAUGGAGGCAAACCGCUGAAGUGAGUGAGUGAGCUGCUUGCUGGAGGCAAUUAAAUUCAGUUAAAGUACGAACAUAAACCACACCGGUGGGAAAUACACACAGCGACGAUCACAAUGAGGUGCAACGAAUCGAUCGUAACCUUUGCGCUGCUGGCGGUGCUUGCGUGCAUCACAACCGUCGUACAGGGUGCUCGGAUGGAGGCUGAACAGAUCCGGCGCAUCCAUCAGACUGCUCGCGAGUGCGUAAAGGAGACGGGCAUUCUGCCCAAGAAUGCGUUCCGUGUGCUGAGUGGAGACUUUACCGUCGAUACCUUGAAGGCGAAGUGCUUCGUGAAGUGUUUCCUGGAUAAGGCCGGUUUCAUCGACGAGGACGGUGUGAUUCAGCAGGAUGUGAUUCGGGAAAAGCUUGCGGUUGGCGUGGAAACGGGCAAGGUGAACGAUCUGAUCAAGAAGUGUACUGUGGAGGGUACCGACGAGUGUGACACUGCCUAUCAAAUGUACAAGUGCUUCUUCAGCAAUCACAAGCUGCCAAAGGAACUGUUCCAGCUGCGUAAAGGUAUUGGCCGAAGGAACUCGCAGCAGUGAACGGGGAUGGAAAAUGGGGAAGUGAAAGGGUAGUUUAAGACUGAUCGUAGACUAAUAACCUGCUUAAGAUAAGGAAGAUAGCGAACAAGUUUAGAAGAGAUUGUUAAUUUUUAUCAUACAAAUAAACGGUUAAA